AUGUUUAAUGAUUCUGAUAAUUUCUAUCGAAUAAUAAAACAUGAUCAUAUUGCUUAUCGUUAUGAGAUUUUAUCAUUACUCGGGAAAGGUAGUUUUGGACAAGUUGUUUCAGCCUUUGAUCAUAUGAAAGGAUGUAAAGUUGCUUUGAAAAUAAUUCGAACAGAGCCACGUUUUACACGUCAGGCACGUGAAGAGAUACGUAUUUUAGAGACAUUAAAAAAUAUGCGUGAAUCUUGUGGUGGUGAUAUAAAUCGAUAUGAUUUUCCAAUUAUCAAUUUAUUUGAACAUUUCACAUUUCGUAAACAUAUUUGUAUGACAUUUGAGCUAUUAAAUAUUAAUUUAUAUGAUUUGUUAAAAUUAAAUAAAUUCACUGGUCUACCAAGAGAUCGUGUUCGACGAAUAUGUUAUCAAGUUUUAACAGCUUUACAAUUUAUACAAAAAGCUGGAAUUAUUCAUUGUGAUUUGAAACCGGAAAAUAUUCUACUUGUUUGGCCACAAUUACCAGAAAGUGAAAAUACUACUAAUACUAGUAAUCAUAAUCAUAAUAAUAAUACAACUCAUCAACAUGGUAAUAAUUAUUAUAAGAAAAGUCAACAACAUCAACAUCAUUACACUCAUAAUAAUAAUAAUAUAAACAAUGGAUUUGAUUCAUUGACUAAUUUACGUUCAAUGUAUCAACGUGGCACUGAACAAAAAGAUUACGUCAAAUUAAUUGAUUUUGGAUCAAGUUGCUUUCAAGAUGGUCAACCAUAUCCAUAUAUUCAGUCAAGAUUUUAUAGAGCACCGGAAAUUCUACUACGUCUAGGUUAUGAUCAAGCAAUUGAUACAUGGAGUUUUGGAUGUUUAGUAGCAGAAUUAAUCAAUGGUUUACCAUUAUUUCCAGGAGAAGAUGAAGCUGAUCAAAUGGCUUGUAUAAUGGAAGUAUUAGGUUUACCACAUCCAAAUCUUUUACGUUGUUCAACGGAAUUAGAUCGUUAUUUCAUUGAAUUCAAAUGUGAUAAGCUGAAACCAUCUACACUGGAUUUUAUGGAUAAAAAAGGUGUCAGAUUAAAUAAAGAUGUAGUCUAUUUACCACGUUAUUGUUCAAUACGUUAUUCAGACGGUGAUAAUCCGCCACAAUUAUUACCAGGACUUUCAAAACGUGGUGGACAUGUUCGUGGUAUACCAAAUAGUUUACCAUUAUUACAAGCUAUUACUCAAUCAAGACUACGUCGUUAUAAACGUAAAGAUACACGUAGUGUAUCGAAUUUAUCAACAACAUUAAAUACAACAAAUAAAAUGUCAGAAGAAGAAGAAAAUUAUCUGGAUGAAGACAAUGAAUUAGUUGUCAAUUUACUAUCAUCUUGUUUAACUUGGUUACCUGGUGAACGAAUUCAAUCAAAUGAAGCAAUUAUGCAUCCAUGGUUUAAUCAUUUCUAUAACAGUAAAUCAACUAUUGGAUUUCGAUCACAAAUACGUGUUCGAAGUAUGGAAGUAUCGAAAUUUGCACCAAAUCAUGGUAAAUUAAUUAAUGACAUUAAUGAACAUCGUUUAAUGCAAGAUUAUCGUAAUGGUUAUGAAUCAUUGAAUAAAGAUAUGUUAUUGAAUAAAUUCAAUGGAUUACGUAACAGUGGGCGACAUAAAGCACCACGAUUAAAUUCAACCAAUAGUCAUUUAGUCAAUUUUGAUACUGCACAUAAUAAUUCUAUUGUAGAUGAUACAGUGCAAACUAAUCAUGAAAUUAAUGUGACAUCUUCUUGUUUGGUUGAUGCACAAGUUAGUCCAAUUCAAGAGGAAGAAUUAAAAAAAACUCAUCGUAACUCUCAAAUUAUCAUUGUACAACAACAACAGCAACCAUCCUACUUGGUUACUGCCUCGAACUCACCGAUUACAUGUCCAAAAAGUUCACCUCAUUCAACACAAUUUACUGAUAAAUCGUCUUGUUCAUCUGUGAAUCGACGAGUUACAUUGAUUUAUUCAAACAACAAUACCAAUGAUCAUGGUAAUGAUAUUUCAACAAUCACAUCAGCUACUCCAGUGACAGCGGUUACGGUUACUACUACUGCUAAUGGCAAUAGCCAAAUUCUUAAUAACAAGUCAAGCAUAGCAGAUAAUAGUCAAGAGGGUCGAUUACUGGCUGUGAACUUAUCCUCCGAUCAUUUAAACUGUGAUAAUAAUAUCACUACAACCAAUAAUAGCAAUGUCGAAAGUACAUACGAUGAUCCUACUAUUAGUCAUUCAACUAACAGUAGUAUAAUUCGUAUGAAUAAAAAUAUUCUGAAUGGCAAUAAUAGCAAUAGUAGUAGUAACAGUAAUGCCAACAUCAGCGCUGUCGACUCAAUGCUACAACAUUCAGAUUUGCAUUCAUCAGUUCGUCGGUCGUUGACAGAAAUCAAUAAUUUAAACGGGACUCAUUUCGAGGUUAUUAUGGAGAAAGCACGUCCUCUAAUUCAUUCCAAACCUGAUACAAUAUACCAAAGUAAGAAACGAUUAGAUCGUGAACCAAUCAGUAAUAAUGACCGGCCAUUAUCAGAAUCCAAUCAUCAUUUACAUCGUCAAAAUAGUCAACAUUCGGUUACAGAUUACGGUAAAACUAAAAUUAUCAAAGAAAAUGAAAAUGAUAGUCCAACUUUUCUAAUUACUGGUCAUUGUUCUGAUUCAACACCCCAUCUACCUAAUCUUAUGUCAUAUAAUAUUAACCACACAAAUAAUCAUACAAAUAACAUGAAUACAACAACAUGCAAAGUCACAAAUUCACCAAAUCGAUGUUCAUAUUCUAAUUUGCAUCAAUCAGUACCAUUUGUAUCCUCAUUAACAAUUGACAAAUCAUUGAAUAAUAGUAUGAGUAAUAUUCUAAGUAUAUCAAAAAUGAAGCCUACCAGUGAUGUGACCAUGAUAAAUACCUCAGCUAAACGAUAUUCCAUGCCAACACGUUCAAAGUUGAUUGAUAUACCACAAACAGAAUAUGAAAUAUCAAUUACUGAUCAAAAUAAUAACAAUGAUAUUAACAAUGAUCAUUACAACCAUAUUAAUAAUGAUUACAUUAAACAGGAUAUUCAUUUUAUUCCAGUUACAUCAUCACACGCAAGGAAUUCAGUAGAUUCAGAUAUUUUUCACAAAUUAAAUAUAACAUAUAAUAAUAAUAAUAAUAAUAGCACUAGUCAUAUAACAAAUAAUGAUCAUCAUGAAAUAGUGUUUAGAUGUCAACCUGACCAGUACAGUCAUCCACAAAAUGAUGCUUAUCAUAAUUAUAAAAACAACUAUCAGUAUCGUCAACAACAACAACAACAACCGCCACCAUCACAAUCUAUUCAAUUACAACAUCAAGAACAACCAUUCAGUCGACAAACUACCAGUUGGUUGUCCAACAACAACAACAACAACAGUCGUAAAGUAUUGAACUUGACAAGAAACCAUGCAGAUCCAAGAGCACAUUCUCUCAACAGUCAUGUGAAUGGGAUUAGUUCAAUUGUUACAGGGAUAAAUACUGGUAGUACUUUGAAUUCUACUAUAACACUUCCAGAAAUCGCCCCAAAACCACCAGUUCGUACAAAAUUAAUCAUUUCAAACAAUAAAAUUAAUGAUACUACUAAUAAUAAUAAUAAUAAUGACUACACAAAUCCAAUAAGAUGGCGUUCAAUUAAAUCAUUAUCAUCGGAAGGUUGCGGUUAUGCAAAUCUAUACGGCCCACAACCUUACAGUCAACCAAACACUGAAUCACAUAAAAUUAUUGUACAACGUUUACCUCAAUUUAUUUUGAAUAGUAAUAAUAAUGAUGAUAAUAAUGAUAAUAAUAAUAAUAAUGAUAGUCAUAAUGGUUACGCAAAUCAAAUUCCAUUUUACUAUACUCAAUAUGAAACCUAA